AUGACUUCAAUAGCUUCCGAGUCGGUGUCGACCAUUCUAUGUACUAGCAAGCAGACACGGUUCGACAUCAAGACGGCCGACUUGCGCGAGUUGGACAUUGAUGGACUCCAUAUCACUGUAACGGCCGGCAACAAGAAGACGUCCGGCGCCAAGGGAAAGGCGAAGGCCCGCAGUGUAGGUGUCGAGAUUCUCGCCAACGCCAAGUUGAGGCUCAAGGCCGGCCAGCGGUAUGCUCUUGUCGGGAGGAAUGGGUCUGGCAAGUCGACUUUUCUGAAGGCUAUUGCUGAAAAGCUCAUCCCUGGGAUUCCUGAAGAGACUCGCAUUUCCAUCUUGCAGCAGACCAAUGCCCAAAUUCCCGAUACGGAUCACUUCUCUUCAGAUGCUGCUUCUUUGCAGGACCGAACCGAGCCUCAGGCACCCGAGCGUCAUGGUAAUGUCCUGGAAGAGGUCAUCGAGAAGGCCACAGCUCGCUCAGAUGUCGAGCAGGAAAUUAGAGCACUGUCAAAGGGCAUUAACGAAGCCGACCCCAUGGGCCCCGUUCGUGCCCUACGCACCAUACGCCAUCAUAGGAAUCAGAAACGACUCUUCUUGUUGGACAAAGACGCCAGGCUGCGAAGCGGGGCCAGGGGUAUGGCCGCUCGCAAGGCACUCACGGCCUUUGAGAAGACCACCGCGGAGUCUGAAGCCCUUAUUGGGCAGCCUGCCGAAAAUAUCUCUGCCGAGACACUCAAGAACGAGACGAAUGAGGCUAUUGAUAUGCUUGCCGACCUACAACUGCAAGUAGAGCCAACCACGGUUGCGGAGAUCGAGUCCAAGGCGAAGAAGAUACUUGCAGGUCUGGGGUUUUCCGAGGACUACAUGGCCAAGCCCGUGUCGAGUCUGUCAGGGGGUUGGCGCAUGCGAACCUCCCUUGCCACAGCUCUGCUACAGGAGACAGACAUUCUCAUCCUCGACGAGCCCACCAACUUCCUUGACCUUCUCGGCAUCAUCUGGUUGCAGAAGUACCUAAAGUCGCUGGAAGAUGCUGAUGAUGCUCCUACGCUCGUCGUCGUCUCCCACGACCGCGAUUUCAUCACCCUCUGCACGGAUCUUCUCAUCCUGAAAGACAAGCAGCUGACAUACUUCCACGGAGACCUUCCCACAUACGAGGCAUCCCAGUCGGAGAGGAAACUAUGGCUGACCAAGAUGAAAGAGGCCCAAGACAAGCAAAAGGCGCACAUUCAGCAGAGCAUCGCCAAUAAUCUCAAGGCCGGCAAGGCCAACGACGACCAGAACAAGCUGCGCCAAGCAAAGUCAAGGCAGAAGAAGCUAGAUGACCGCUGGGGCUUGCAAGUAAGCGCCAAGGGGGGCAGGUUCAAGCUUAACCGUGACGUGGCUGGCUACCAUCUCACCGCCCGAGACGAGAUCGAUAUUCCGCAGGACGAAAGGCCGGCGAGCUUCGUCGUCCCCGAACCUUCCGAGCUGCGCUUUCCGGGGCCGCUCAUCUCCGUCGAGAAGGCCACGUUUCGUUAUCCGACCAAGCGUAAGAACAAGAGCGAGACCGGAGCACCCGCUUCCCCAGCCGCGUUACAAGACGUCAACCUUUCCGUCCACAUGGGUGACCGUGUCGGCAUCCUCGGCCUGAACGGUGCGGGCAAGUCCACCCUGGUCAAGUUACUCGUAGACGCAGACGGGACGAAGCCGUCGUCGGGCACGGUAACGACGCACCCCCGACUCAAACUCGGCUACUACUCGCAGCAUGCGGUGGAACGUCUGCAGGCACUCGUCGGCCGGGGAGACGACGCAUCCCUCACGGCGCUUUCUCUCCUGACGCGGGAGGUCGGUGGUGCUCUCGACGAGGGCGAGGUGCGCGGGCUGCUCGGGGCGCUGGGGCUGCCGGGCCGGCUCGCGUCCGACGUACCCCUGACGAAGCUCUCGGGAGGACAGCUGGUGCGGUGCGAGCUGGCGCGGCUGCUCUGGCGGUGCCCGCACUGCUUGGUCCUCGACGAGGUGACGACGCACCUCGACUACGAGACGGUGACGGCCAUGCGGGAGGCGUUGCGCGACUGGGCGGGUGCGGUGGUACUGGUCAGCCAUGACAGGUGGUUCAUGCGCGGCGUGGUCGAAGGGUUGAUGGACGACGGCGAUGACGAAGAGAGGGAUGUGGACGACGGAGACGGAGACGAGGAGGAGAGUUCGAGGCGGAGGACGGUCUACCGGAUGCGAGGGGGGAAAUUGACCGAGCUGGAAAACGGCACGACCCAGUUUGCAGAGAGCAUUGAGAAGAGGGUGGCUAAGAUGUUAGGGUAG